AAGAAGAUGAGUGUCACCAAUCAUCACUGCUUCAACAUCCUGACCAUCAUCUUCCUCGUUCUGACUACUACAGCUCUCUCUGCUCAUUUUCGGGUGUGUGAGUCUUACACCGACCACAAAGGGCGCUACCACUUUGGAUUCCACUGUCCUCGACUCUCGGACAACAAGACGUACAUGUUCUGCUGCCACCAUAACAACACGGCCUUCAAGUACUGCUGCAACGAUACUGAGUUUCAAACAGUCAUGCAGGUCAACCUGACCACGUCUCCAGACGGCUACACUCACAACAAUUACUCUGCAUUAAUCGGCGUCUGGAUCUACGGAUUCUUCGUCAUGGUGCUGCUAGCACUUGAUUUUCUGUACUACUCGGCCAUGAACUAUGAGGUGUGCCGAGUUUAUCUGGAGAAGUGCGGGUUGGGCGGCCGCUGGCUGAAACAGGCCCGAGGUCAGUGGCACGGCGAGGGACAGGAGGAAAGGGACGGACGGCCCGCUCAACCCACAGCUCCGUCACAACCUCAAGAGCAACAUCAUGAACACAGCUGUGGUCAGAUCAGACACAGCCUGGCGAGCCCAGGACAGACCGCACACAAUACCACAACAGACUGAGAUUAACCAAAUGUAAGGACCAACUGUUGGAGUCCCCCGGUGAGGAAGUGCAUUAUGGGAAACAUACUGUAGUACAUGCCCCUGCCACAUGGACCUACAUCACAGGGCCUGUUUGCCCCUGGCCUCUCAAUGUGGUCCAAAUCUCACAGGGUACAUCCUUCAACCCCUCGACAAACCCAGAAACUCAACUCAGAGCCAACUGGAAAUGGUCCAAUGGUGGAACCAGAGAUUCUGAAGAGCGAGCCUUGUGGCACUCUGGAAGCACAUUUCGGACCGAAAUGGACUUUGAUAGACACAGAACUCACCCUGGACAUCUUUGGAGGACCUAUGUAGCCGUUUCUGCACCAUUUUGCAAGCUCCUCUAGAUUAAACUCUCUGUAACUGUGCAGCGUCGGUUUAUUUAUUUGUAGUCAGGGAAAAUGCUGAGUGAUGAAUGAAGAUGUCAAACAUCAUUUAAAACAUCUUUUAAAUCACUCUCAUGACUCAAUACUAGAAGUUAAAUGACCUUUUUUGCAGUAAAUGUCAACUCACAUGUCACGGCUGGUUUUGCGGUGAAGAUCAUAUGUGAAUGUCUGUUUUUGACUACUGCUGUGAUUCGACAUUUUCUCAUCUGUAAGAAUCAGCGAGGUACUGUAGCAAACUGUUAAAUUCAUUUUGUUUAAUGCCCUGAAGAGCUCAUGGUGUAUGUUUGUCACGUUGUUUUGUUCAGCUGGAAAGCGAAUAUUGAUAGCGAUCAGUUGAGUUCAUAUAGACUUUAGUUUAGAAGUGAAAUGCCAAAAUAAACAUGAUUCCACACUUCUUUGCACAAAGGAGACACUUACAGAAAGAAAAGGUUUUGUUCUUUGUUUACCUUGGUAUUGCAAGGCAUUACCCAGCUAACAAAAAAUGUUUUGCGAACAUUAUGAAAAUGUUAUUUCUGCAUGAUCUCUGAACACACAUGGUUUUGUUAUGUUCAGAUUAAGGGGCUGAUGAUCACUCAGAACUAAAAUCACAGGACACAGAGCUCAGGAAUGUUGUUUUUUUACAGCACAGAGGAAUGCUUUCUCUGCCAUGUUUCCAUUAAAUUUAUAUUACACAAAAAAAAAAGAGAGAGUUGCCAUUCCAGCUUGCUAUGGUAAACAAACGCUUGCCCUGGGGUCUUCUGAUAAGUCUGUUUCUGAACUGACAUCGAUGUGUGAACCUGUGUGAAAAAAAGAUGUAUUAUUUUAGUGUUAUUUUAAAGUGACACGUCAUCUUAAAAACAUGCCACUCAAGUGUGAGACGCUGCAAAAGAUGUCUAACAGGUUUACCUAGAAAAACAAUGGAUAAUUUCAUAUUGGACUGGAAAAACACGUUCUGUGUUCCAUUUUAUAAUUUUCCAGACAUUAUGGAAAUGUUACUUUUGAAUGUUCUCUGAACAUUCUAAAACAUUAAAUAACAUUUAAAAAACAACAACAACAGAUUAACAUCUAACUCAAACAUUUUAGAAAUGAAACAUUCUAUAAACAAUUUAUAAAUAAUGAUUUUUGUUCCAGCGUUGAGAACAUUAUUAAAGACCAGAUAACUCUGAACAAAUGUCCUGUUAGUAUUACUGGAUACAUUUAUUCAUAACUUUAAGAGAACCUUGCCAGAACAUUAGCCAAAGUUCUAAAAACGUUCAUUGUUAGCUGGGUAUCAGCUUCUCAGGCCUGUUGAAAUGUAGAUAAACUCAGUUUAGCCAAAUAGAACAUGUUCCUUCAUCAACAUCCUUGUUUGUGAUGGAAGAAUAUUACAGUCAGAUUUCAUAUUCUAGGUUUAGGGGCAUUUUUUUAAUCACUCAAUCAUAUCCCUAUGAUUUGGUCAAUUAACGUUUAACAGAAAUUAUUAUUUAAGAGAAACAAAAGACCAAGGGACAUCUAAUUGGCUAAUUUCUAUAUGUCAUCAAAAACAAACAAAAUAUCAGACGUCAAAGUGUUCAAGGCAACAUAAAUUUACUUCAUGUGCACUGGCCAGCAAGUAUUUAAAACAAGCGCUUCAGUCUUGGUUGCUGCACCAAACUGAAUACAGCAUGUUUUCAGCAAUAAGUUUAGAAUAUGUCUGUUGGUAGGAAUCCACAGAGCAGUUUUUGGCAGACAGCAGCCUAAUUACGCACAUAAAGCAGAACAGAGCUGCUAUGGCUCCACCACCUUUGACUGAAGUAAUUGGUGGUUCAGAAACGAGCUCAAGGUGGAGGAGUUCAGAUCUCUGGUUUGAGCAGGUGCGAGUUUAAUUAUGGUGUCAGCUGGCAGGAGGAUGACUGUGAUUCAUCAUCUGUUCUAGAGAAUAUGGAAACUCUGCUGAAGGUGUUUGGGCAUCACUGCCCACAGAUUUCUGCAAAAUUCACUCAUUAUUUACAAAGCUUGCACCCUGGUGUGCUUGUUUACUAAAUAGGUUUGUUAAUUCAAAAAGGCUUUCAGAUCA